AUGAAGCUGCUCGCUGCGUUGUUCCUUUCGUGCGGCUUGCUCCAGUCUGCGACAGCUCUAAAUACCACGUCUACAGAGCCAACGGUGCAGGUCCUACCGAAGAAUUUCAAGCCGCCGCAGGUCUUUCAGAAUAACAAUCUCGUCAGGAUCAUCAAUUUGGAGAAGAGUUAUGCGCGGGAGUCGGUAAACGUGGUGAUACAGAAUGUCGACAAGAAGCCACAGUCAGAGUAUUAUGUGUCCUUCCCAACAGACACCAUCAGCAAAGUCGGAGGUCUCGAAGGAUGGCAGAAGGACUCGGCGGAUAAGAAGAAAUUCAGGGUGACGUCGACACAAGCGAUCCCUUCAAGCUCGCAUCAGUAUUAUAUCGUCCACCUCCAUGAACCCCUCGAACCCUCUUCGAAACUCACCUUGACUCUAUCAUAUCACCUACAAUCCGCUCUCACCCCUGUUCCUGCCGCUGUCGAACAAGAUGGCAAACAAUAUCUCUCAUUUACCUUCCCUCAAUUCGUCUCUUCGGCCUAUACCACCCGCAAGCAGAAAACGACAGUUAAAUUCCGCGGUACAGAUAUUCCAGACUACACCAAGACUUCUACGUUGAAAUCCGAGGAGGAUCCUAAACGUGAAGGCAGCACCUUUACGUAUGGUCCUUAUGACAUGGAAGUCAAACCGGGUUCUAGUGCACCAAUUACCGUUCGAUAUGAGUACACCAGACCUAUUGUGACCUGCACCCGUCUCGAACGUGACAUCGAAAUAUCACACUGGGGUGGUAACCUUGCGACCGAGGAUCGAUUCUGGUUUAGAAACGACGCAGCCAAACUAACCAAACAAUUCUCACGGGUGGACUGGACAAAGAAGCAGUUUCAUAACGCACCAAGUGUGGCCUUAAAUCUGAUCAGAGUACCGCUUGCUCCAGGUUCUGUAGACCCAUACUUCAUUGAUGACAUUGGAAACGUUUCAACCAGCCGUUUCCUUCCAUCUACUGAGACGCGCCCUGGCCUUUUGGACCUGCGGCCACGUUACCCCAUUUUCGGCGACUGGAAGUACAGUUUCAAGAUUGGCUGGAAUAACCCGCUCUCUAGCGUUUUGCGCAGGCAAAAAUCCGGCAGCGGCGAGUCCUACGUUCUUAAAGUUCCAUUCAUCGACGGACCAAAGAUGCCAGAAGGCGUGCAAUACCAAGAAAUUGAAAUCCGUGUGAUCCUCCCUGAAGGGGCUGAGAAUGUGAAAUACGAAAUUACUGAUGGAAUGGGAAUUCCUAAUAACAUUCGUUCCGAAAUUUCCCUGUUCAAGACAUUUUUAGACACCAAAGGAAGAACUGUUCUAAAGCUAUCGGCCUCCAAGGGUGGCGAUGAAGCAAAGGAUGGAAAUUUGAUCGUAACAUAUGACUAUCCCUUCUUUGCCUUAUUCCGAAAACCACUAAGCAUUUUCGGCGCCAUGCUCGCUGUGUUCACUGCCGUAUGGGUUCUUGGAAAUAUUGAUGUUAGCAUUAAAAAGAGGUAG